UUUGAAUCGUCCAUUUCGUUUCAAGCCGUUAUCGAAGCUAGCAGUAUUUCGUAAGAGAGCCUCCGUUCCUCUGUAGAGGUUACAAUUUUAUUAAAAUGGUUCGGUGAUGUUAAGUUUUCAGUGGUCUUGUUGACCAAUCAGUGAAAAAUUCAUAGUAUCAUCUGUAAUCAUGGCAGAAAACCAAAGCCAUUCAACAUUACCCAAACAUGGUUCCUUCAAUCUUGGUGAUGUGACAACUUCGGUCGCGAAAGUUCUUACCGACGAUGAAAAGAUUCGACUGAAUGAACAAAAUAAGCGAAUGAUUUCGAAUUUUCAAGCCUGUAGAUUGGAGCAGGAUGCUCGUAAAAAUUGGGAUCUGUUCUACAAACGUAACGAGGAUCGUUUUUUCAAGGAUCGACAUUGGACAACACGUGAGUUCGAGGAAUUACUUGCAGAUGGAAUUGAUUCCUCUAGUAAUGGCGUGAAAGCAUUGCUCGAAAUCGGGUGCGGUGUCGGAAAUCUGAUUUUUCCUUUGAUUGAAGACGGCCAUCGAGAUUACUUCAUUUACGCUUGUGACUUCUCGCCACGUGCCGUCGAUUUAGUAAAACGACAUAACCUCUAUGACGAGCAGUACAUGAUGGCAUUUACAUGCGAUAUUACGACCGACCAAGCGUUCGAGACGCUUCGUGAAAGCAGUUUGGAUAUAGUUACACUCGUUUUUGUUCUGUCAGCCAUCCAUCCGGAAAAAUUCGCUACGGUUAUUGGAAACAUCUUUCGACUGGUUAAACCUGGUGGUGUAGUACUGUUUCGUGAUUACGGUUUGUACGAUAUGGCACAGUUGCGCUUUAAACCGGGACACAAAAUCGCUGAAAAUUUCUACAUGCGACAGGAUGGCACUAGAAGUUACUACUUUGACGAAAAUGAAGUAGGAGAUUUGUUUCGAAAUGCUGGAUUUGAGACCAUCGUAAACAGCUACAUUCACCGGAGGACAAUCAAUCCCAAGGAAAACAUUGAUGUGGCUAGGAUUUUCGUGCAAGGGAAGUUCCGGAAGCCUUCGAGUUGAAAUCAAGGAACGCUACAGCUACUGAAAAAGAUGAGUCCGUUGAAAUUGGUCAGAUGGACACUAUCCCCUGCGUGGCGUCUCAAUUCACCUAAAAUGACACCGAUUGUGUUAUUCAGAAACAAAAAAUCGUGGAAUGAUAUGGUAAAAUCAGUACCGAAAACCUGAUAGAAUCUACGAAGGUGUGCUUUUUCCGGUCCUGGCAUAUUAUUGUUCAACAAUUCCAGCUGUCGCUGUCGAGUUGACGGAGAAUAGCAUCCGAAUAAGGAAUAUAACAUUCUAGUAUUAUUGGAAAAAAUCGUUUAGCAGCUAGUCAGUACAUUUUGAAUAAUACUUGUGAAAAUUUA